UUUUUCGGGCUCUUUUCUUCUAUGUAUACGAGGAUCCAUCGCAUUUAACGAUAAAUAAUUUAAAGUUAAAUGCGAACAAGAGUCGUAACGUUCGCUGAGCUGGAUAAACGUAAUGCGUUCACGUUAUUAUUAAGUGACAUGAUUUCAAGUUUCUACGAAAAGAUUCUUGGCAUGUCAUCUACGACGGAGACGAUUAAACAGAAGAUUCUAUGCGUCGGAAUAGCCUGUUUAGAUAUCGUGCAGACGUGCGAACAGUAUCCGAUCGAAGAUUCCGAUCAAAGGUCCCUGGAAUAUAGGUGGCAAAGAGGAGGCAAUGCAUCCAACACUUGCACGGUUCUUUCCCAACUUGGAAGCUCGUGCGAGUUUUUUGGUUCGCUGAGCGCGGAGGAACAUCUCUGUUUUCUGCAAAAUGAUUUACUCAAAAAUAACAUAGACAUCUCCCACUGUCCUCUCGUAGCGGAAAUCGGCUGUCCGACGUCUACUGUAAUUUUAAGCUUGAGCAGUGGCUCCCGCACGAUCUUGCAUCACAAUGCAAAUAUGCCAGAAGUGACAUUCGAACAGUUCGAACAAUUGAAUUUGAAGGAUUACACUUGGAUUCAUUUCGAGGGCAGGAACAUGGAUCAAGUGUUGCCCAUGAUGCAGCAUGUAGAGAAUCACAACAAUACGUUAAACUAUAAUCAGAAUUCUUCCAAGGAAAUAGAUAUGACUCAAGUGCCUAUUACCAUUAGUAUAGAAUUAGAGCGCCCGAGACAGGAAUUAUUAGAUCUGUUACCUUACGCUGAUGUAGCAUUCAUAGCUAAAGACUUUGCACGAAGUAGGGGAUACGAUAACAUGAGUGAGACGCUGAAAAAUGUCAUUGAAGAUGCCAAGUCUGGAGCGACUCUUAUAUGUGCCUGGGGUGACAGAGGCGCGAUGGCAAUAACUCCAGACAAUAUUAUAGUGCAAUCACCUGCGUUCCCACCGUCGAAAAUAGUGGACACCUUAGGUGCCGGGGACACUUUCAAUGCCGCGGUACUACAUUUCCUAAAUAAAGCUAAAUUAAAAUUUUUUCAAAGAGAUAAAUUAGGAACGCUAAGUGCCUUACGAAGAGAUUCAGAAAUGAAACGUAAUAUUAAGAAGAAUUAUAACAUUGAGAGUAUGGAGUGUAGUCGUACAGAAUUUAUCACACAAAAUGUUUUACAAAGGGCUGUGACGUUCGGCUGCCAGGUAGCUGGUAGUAAAGUUGGUUUAAAGGGAUACGGUGAAUUGGGUGAAAUUUUUAAGGAUGUACUAGAAUGUUAGCGUUAAAUUAUAUUAUAUUAAAAUAGGAGACUGUGAUUGAUCGUACGUAAAGGAAACUGACUGAUUAUUAAAAGCAUUGCUAAGAUUUCAUAACAAAUGAAA